AUGAAACUGCGAAGGACGACACCCGCAGAUCCUGCUGCCGGAAAGGCCAGCGUCAGGAAGGGGAAGAAGAAGGGGACUCCAAAAUCAGAAGCGACCACCGUUCCCCCCACCCCAAUGUCUGUGAAACGGAAAGGCAAGGAGAAGCUCACGGAGUGGAUACCUUUGGAGCUGUCUCCACGUACUCCAGCAACCGGCGGCAGACGACCUCGACGAUCAGAAAAUAGCACACCCGUGGUGCUCGGCGAGCCUCGACCUCUCGGACUGGGGAUGGCUACGAGGAGCGCAAGCCGGAGGAGGGAGAUGGGACUCGCUCCACCGGUUUCAUCUGCGUCGAGCCCGCCUUCAAGUCCACGGCUGAAGCCGAGCCUCUCAAUGCAUCUCAUGUCCCCUCUCUCCCCUCUUUCGUCUGCGCCUCCGUCUCCGCUGUCAACCCCUCCGACAUCUCCUAUAGGAGAUGACAACAUGGAUGUAGAUACCCCGAUCCCGCGAUCAACCGACGUCGAGAUGUCUACCAACAACGAUGUGUGUAUGGAAUGCGAACCCUCGAAUACAACCCUCGAGAACACACCCUCAACACCUUCCCCCACGGUGUCGCCUAUGUCGUCCGAGUGCCAAACUUCUGCAGCAACUACCCCUUCCAUCCAGCCUACACCACCACCGCAACUACGCAGCCGAUCGUCUACGUCGCCGCCUUCGAGACUGCAGGAACUCAAGUUUGACGAUACGGAGAUCAUCCCACACGUCGAGCCCCCGCGAGUCAUUGUGUUGGAGGAACACGUCGGGCAACCCGAACCGUGUUCUAAUAACGGCGAAAUGCUGUAUGAGGACACUGGCAAUGACGAAAAUACAAAUAUCUACCGCUCUGACUCGAAUACGACGCCUGGGUCAGCCUCGAGUGUCGGGUAUGGGUUCGAAAUGGACGCCAGUGAGAGUAUGGAAGGUGGCUCAUAUUACGAUGAUUAUUCUCAUAAUCGUGAUGGUGGAGACCCAAGAGGGUACAAUGAUGGGUAUGACUGCAGUGGUUGCAGCAGUUCGUGUGCUCCCCAGCAACCGAAGAUAGAGAAAGGCGAUGGGGUGUGGAAGGUAGCCUGCUCGUGGCGAGUUUGGGAGAUCCAACGUCGAUAUACGCCAGAUACGAUCAGAGCCGUCGUCGCGCAGCAGGCCAACGACUAUUACGCUACGCAUGGCGGGUUUGAUGCUGUCAAUACGAGCAUCAAUGGCCAUCGGAGAAAGCGGAGCGAGGAGGACAACAUUCUGGGGAGCGCUAUCACGAGGAAGGACGAUUCCCAAUACGAUAGCGCUGUCAAAGGCGCGACGCAGAAUGAAGCUCGGUCGCAGAAGGAGCUUGCGAACGGCGCUGUUGCUGGUGGGAAGUGGGGCGGCAAUGGCGCGUUUGGAGAUGACGGGUUAGCGUAUAUGCUGGGCUAUGGGUUUGAGGAUGAGGACGACGAGGACAGCGACGAUAGCGACGAGGAUGACGAAGGGGAGUGUGCUCAGGUAGAAAGCGGGGAUUGUAGCGAGAAUGAGCUGAAGUGGGAGCUGGUUGAGAGAGAUGCCCAGGCUGUAAAGACGGAGGAGGCAGGUGGUGGGGAGAGAAAGUUGAAUAUACAGACACUGGAUCUAGACGCAGUGAGACCGGAUGUCCCAGAGGCGAAGCCAUCUGCCCUUGAUUCGUCGGCCGUACCGCCUUCGAUGGAUAUGUUGCCCGCCAACACGGUUCAGUCGCAGCUGGACGUCGUGACGUCUAGCGAUGCAGUUAUGUCACCCCCUUCAUUCUCUUCACAAUCAUACCCGGAGCCUUCGACGACCAUUGCGAUCCCUCAGCUUCCUACUCCAAUCCCGAUCACGACACCGCCACCAAAAGAAUCCGACCUUACCUUCCCAUCUACUCCGUCCCCCGCGCAGCCGUCGCUCUCCCCAUCCUUCACUUCGUUCCCGUCGUCGCCUACAGCAUUACACCUACCAUUUCCGCCUCCGCGUCUGAGUUCUAUCCGUGUGGGUUUGUUGAGGAGCAUGGAUAUCGACGACUGGGGCGGAGAGGACGAGCCGUUGUCUUCCGGAGCCUCAGGUGAGAGAGGCGCAGGGCGAGCACGGAGGAGGCCUGGGUGGAUUGGAAGAGGGACGCCGGUUGACAGGCGGCGGAGGGCAGAGUGGGCAAACUCGUGGAGCCCGUUGAGUAUGAAGGGGAAAGGCAGGCUGGGGGAAGAGAUGGAUAGGAUGGACGGCAUGCCCGGCGCGCUCAGCAUUGCAAUGGGUAUGGGCCCUGGGAUGGGCGUCCACGCAAGCCCGCCAUUCGAAGAUCCGAAGAGCUGGAAUGAGUUCUUGCGUAGUCUGGACAUGGGGAAUGCGCCUGCUAUGGGUGCGCCGAGACAGGAUAGUAUGGAUAUUGGUCUCGAUACCGGUGUCCCACAACACCUGUCGAUGUCCUUCCCGCCAACCCCCACCGUGUCGCCCCCACCCUCCUUCUCCACUUCGCCCUCGCCGUCACCCACGCUACUUUCACCAACUUCGGUGUUUCCCCCCGCCAAUAACUCUAUCAACGGCUUGAACCAGAAUAACUUGUUUGUGCCGCCUGUUCCGUCAAGCUCGCCUGCCCCCUUUCAGAGUGGACUGGAUCUGAACUUCAGCCGCAAUGGCGAAGGGAUGAAUCUUGUGAACGGUGGAGUGGGCAUGCCUGCCGACGUCAGCUCUAUGAACGGGAUGAAUAUGGGCGUGAACAUGGGGUUGGGCAUGGGCAUGGGAAUGUUUGGCAUGGGUUUGGGUGUCGGGAUGGGCAUUGGGAUGGCUGUCGGCGCGACCAUGGGUGGGAUGGGAGUAUUUAAUGGGGGUGGUGGGAUGAAUAUGGGUAGCGGUGGUGGGAUGGGUGGGAUGCCGUUCCCUGGGCUGGGGUCUGGCGAACAAUUGCCACCUCAACAACAGCAACAGCAACAACAGCAAACCCAGGAUAACAGGACUCCGGAUACAGCUGGAGAAUCCACCAGCACGUUGACUUUCGCAUUGGGAUGA